CGGGCAAGUCUCGCGCGACUUGGUCUCGAGCUGUAGGUGCGCGAGUGGGAGCUGUGCCUGCGGCGCGGGGACUGCCGGGAGCAAGGUUGGCCCGGGGGGCGGUUGAAGUGGCGUCAGUUGGGUGCCCUGUGUUCUCUGCUGCUGCCUCAUUGCUGAGACAACAGGUUGUUAAGUAUUUUUUUUUUGGUGGAAGAAACCCUUUAGGAUUCCAUUGCUGGGAAUGAAGGAAUUGCUACUGUAGUUAAGCAUCUGUACGUUGCUAAGACACUGGACGCUGCUUGCUUUAUAGCAAGGAAAAUCUGAAUUCCUCCAACACUCAGGAUGGGGAAAGAUUAUUAUUCUAUCCUGGGAAUUGAAAAAGGGGCUUCCGAAGAGGAUAUCAAAAAGGCUUACAGAAAGCAAGCGCUUAAAUGGCAUCCAGAUAAGAACAAAUCUCCCCACGCAGAAGAAAAAUUCAAAGAGGUUGCAGAAGCUUACGAAGUCCUGAGUGAUCCCAAAAAGAGAGAUAUUUAUGAUCAGUUUGGGGAGGAAGGUCUGAAAGGAGGAGCUGGAGGACCUGAUGGACAGGGUGGUACCUUCCGGUACUCCUUCCAUGGUGACCCACAUGCUACAUUUGCAGCUUUCUUUGGUGGCACAAAUCCUUUUGAGAUUUUCUUUGGAAGGAGGAUGCCUGGUGGCAGAGACACUGAAGACAUGGAGGUGGAUGGUGAUCCUUUUGGAUCCUUCACUAGUUUUAGUAUGAAUGGUUUUCCAAGGGAAAGGAAUACAGUUGGUAGCCAGUUACGUCGUAAACAAGAUCCCCCUGUAAUCCAUGAACUUAAAGUGUCAUUGGAAGAGAUCUAUCAUGGCUGCACGAAAAGGAUGAGGAUUUCACGUAAAAGGCUUAACCCAGAUGGUAGAAGUGUCCGAACAGAGGACAAAAUUCUUACGAUUGAGAUAAAAAGAGGAUGGAAAGAAGGCACCAAAAUCACUUUUCCAAAAGAAGGCGAUGAAACACCCAACACCAUUCCAGCUGAUAUUGUUUUUAUCAUCAAAGAUAAACCUCACUCUCACUUCAAGAGGGAUGGAUCAAAUAUUAUCUAUCCUGUUAAGAUCAGCUUAAGGGAGGCUUUGUGUGGCAGCUCUAUCAAUGUGCCAACGAUAGAAGGAAGAACCAUACCCAUGACAGUAAAUGAAGUUGUAAAGCCUGGGAUGAGAAGAAGAAUUAUAGGAUAUGGUUUACCGUUUCCCAAAAAUCCUGACCAACGUGGAGACUUAAUUAUAGAGUUUGAAGUAAUUUUCCCAGAUAACAUUUCUCCAGCAUCAAAAGAAGUACUUAGGCGAAAUCUUCCAGUUUCAUAAAAUGAAGACUGUGUAUGUCAACUGUUUAAAUAGGACACUGGAAAUGCAGAAGACUGGCAAGUCUGUGCUUUAAAAGUGCAAUCUGUAACAACUAGUGGAAUAUUUGGUUUUUUUUGUUUGUUUGUUUUGUUUUGUGGGAUGGGUGGGGGGGAAAUACUGUAAUGCUGCAUGAGAAGAAAAGGGUUAAGUACAAGUCAUACAGGUGGCUUCUGCAGUAAAAUUUACAGGGAAAACCACUCAUUUUACAUCUUCCUAAUCAAAAGUUUAUUCAUUAUUUUGCCUAAUAUAAAACAUAGUCAGUUUUUACUGAUCAGUCACCGCAUAUUUCUGAUACAGUACUUGAGCCUCCAAGUACUUUAUUUUUUAUCCCUACCCUAUCUAUAACAUUAUCCAUUUAUAGAGAAAUUGGAGAUAGUAGUAGAAAUACACAAAUGUAUAAAUAUUUUAAAUAGCAAAUAAUGGAAGUUAUCAUUUUGGUAUGUUGCCUUCCACUGCACAAAGCAUAGACUGGGAAAAUCAGCUUGGACUCCUGAACUGCCCCCCAGUGCAAUUAAAGCAUUUUCUUUAUUGCCCCAGAAUGUGAGGACUGCAUUGUGAGUCUAGCAAAGGGCACGUGGCUUGUGGAGCAAGAAUAGCUGUUUGCUAUGGGAUAGUUUCUCUGCCUUCAGGCAGAACAGCAAGAAGGGAUUCCACAAUUACAUAAACAGCAAAUGGUGGGCCUGCUGUCAAAUGGGACAGGGAAGCUGGUGACAAAUGACAUGCAGAAGGCUGAGAUAGUUACUGCCUUCUUUGCAUCAGUCUAUCAGUAAAACAGGCCUUUGGGAGUUCCAUGCCCCUGAGACCAGAGGGGAGAUCUGGAACCUCGGUGCUGGAGGAUUAGGGUGCACUUAAACUGGAAGUCUGAGAGCCUGACAAGUUGCACCCAGAAGUGUUGAGAGAGCUGGCUAGUACCAUUGCAAGACCACCCUUAAUUACCUAGAAUGGUCAUGGAGACUGGGAGAUGUACCAGUAAACUGGAAAAGAGCAAAUAUCACUCCCACCUUCAACAAAAACAAGAAGGAAGAUUUGGGGAGCUACAGACCAGUCGACUUCACCUCAGUCCUUGGGAAAGUGAUGGAGAAAAUCCUCCUGGAAAGCAUUUCCAAACACAUGAAGGACAAGGUGAUCAGGAGGAGUCAACAUAUAUUUAUAAAGGGAAAAACGUGCUUGACCAACCUCAUUGCCUUCUACAGUGGGGUGACUAGCUUUCUGGAUGACAAGAGAACAGUCCACAUUGUUUACUUUGUCUUUAGUUAACAGACUAAUAAAGUACAGGUUAGAUAAGCGGAAAGUGAGGUAGAUUAAAAACUGGCCAAAUGAGUGGGCACAGGAGGGUAUAAUCAGUGGCACAAAGUCCAGUUGGAGGCAAGUGAGUAGUGGUAUAGUAUAUGGCUCAAUACUGGGGCCAGUAUUCAACAUCUUUAUUAAUGACCUGGUUUAUGGGAUGGAGUUCAUCCUCCGCAAGUUUGCAAAUUGUAUAGAACUAGAAAGAGUGGCUGGUGUAACAUUAGAUGAUGUCCUGCCUUUCAAAGGGACCUCAGUGGGCUAGAGAGCUGGACAGAGGAUUCUCACAAAGUUCAACAAAGUGUUGACAGCGAAGUCUUGCUCCCUGAGGAAUAACCCAAGGCACUAGUACACCCUGGGAGCUGACUGGCUGGAAAGCAGCUUUGCUGAGAAAGACCUUGAUGUCCUGGUGGACAACAAACUGAUGGUGAGCCAGCAAUGCACCCUUGUGGCAACAAAGGCCAAAGCUUUGCUAGAAGGUUGAGCAGGGGAUGAUCCUUCUUACCUACUCUCAGCACUGAUGAGGAUGCAUCUGGAGUAAUUUCCAGUUCUAGGCUCCCCAGUACAGGAAAAAGACAAGCUUACUGGAGCGGGUCUAGCACAGGGCCAUGCAUGAGAGGCUGAGAGAGCUGGAGCUCUUCAGCCUGGGCAAGAAAAGGCUUGGGAGGAUCUUAUCACUGCAUAUAAAUACCUGAUGGGAGGGAGUGAAGAUGGGAGAGUCAGGCUUUUCUCAGUAGCUCUCAGUGACAGGACUAAGAGACAGUGGACACAAGUUAAAAGACUGGACAUUCCGUCUGAAUACAAGAAAACACUUUUUUACUGUGAGGGUGGUCAAACACUGGAACUGUUUGCUCAGAGAGGUUGAAGAGUCACUAUCCCUGGAGAUACUCAAAGCCUGACUGGACGUGGUCGCAGGCAGCCUGCUCUAGCUGACCUGGCUUGAGCAGAGAUCUUGGACUACAUGAUUCCAAGAGGUUCUUUCCAACCUAAAUGAUUCUGUGAACCUGGACUUGCACUUUUCACGAGACAGUGGUAUGGGCCAUGUUCUGCAAAUGAGGCUUAGCCCAAAUAUGGGUGGUACUGAUGUGACAGCUUGAAUCCCUAGGGAGUAGGUCUAUGCUCGAGUGGAAAGAUGCACGAAGAACACUAAAAGCAUUUGGCUAGCACAGAUAUUUAAAGAUCAUGCUGAUCUCAAUUAUUGUCAAAGGCUGAACUUUACUCCCAUGAAGAAGGAAAAGCCCAGGUUCUAGCUAAAGGGAAGUUUGCUUAAGACACAAAGUGGGAUAGGGUUGCCCAUAAACUUUCAUAUGCUUGUAUUGAGUCCUUUUUGAAUUUCGAAUACAAAUUACUUGUCUGGAGUUAAAAGGCACAUAGGGAAAUGGAGAGCCCUCUGUAAUAGUCUAGUUUUAUAAUAUAGUAAUAGGGCUGGUUCCCUUGAUUGUGGCAUGAUUUUGGUGAAAGAAAUGCCUUGUGGGCGUGAUCUGUUACUUGAGUUUAAAACCAUAUUACAGUGCUUUAACAACACUUUGAAAGGGGUUUUUUUUGGUUUGGGUUUUAUUUUGUGGUUUGUUUUUUUUUUUUUUCUUCAUAAGAAAAUACGUAAGAUUUGCUGUAAGGCUUUUGGAAAUUUAGUUACCUUCUCUGCUAGGUAACUUAAGAAAUAGCAGUGUUAUCUUUAUAUAUGUGAUUUUCUGCAGGUAAGUAAAUCAUAUGGAGGUUGGGAUUUAAUUUACAAUCACUUUUUAAUGAGCACAAGAAGAAUCCCAUUUCUAUUACUCAAAGGAAUAGAAUUUCUAGGAGAUACUGUUAGAGUCAGGUUUUCAACUGCAGAUCUCUUCUUAACAGUGUCAGUUAGUUGUAGUCCUUAUUCUACAAAGAACUUAACAAUUGCUGGAGCAGUAUCACAAAGGGAGAAAAUUUGCUGCUUAGUGCUUAUGCAUAUCGUUAACACUAUAUAUUAUUGUUUGUUCAAAAAACUUCCAUUUCAGUAUGUUCCAUAUUGCACUUCUUACGUGGUUUUUAAGUAAAAAGUGUAAAGUUGGGUUUUGACUUUCUCUUUGUUAUGAUGGCAGAUGCUAUAAGCUACAGAACUUUAAAAGCAUAUCAUCAUAAAAUACCUGUUUGUCAGUUUAAAAGCUAAUGGAAUUGAGUAUUUUGUAAUCCAGGAUCUUGUAACCAUAGUCCAACUUGUUAAAAAAAAAGUUACAGCAACUAGGACUAUUUUUUGUAACCAUCUUCAGGUAAGAGGAUUAGUGUUAAAUAGAGGAAUUGCAGUAUCUUGUGUAUUUAGAGGUGUAUAUAUAUAUGUAUAGCAAACUAAACUUUUCAAACUGUUUUCAUGCUCAAAAUACAGAACUAGAGGACUGGUAUGAAA